UUUCCUGAGACCUUAGGGGGGCCUUCCCGCCCUCCGGGGCCGCACACCCACGGAGGCACUGCAAGCUUCUGGGCACUCUGUGAGGCGAAGGCCAGUCCAAGUCAAACCAGGACCCUUUCUGUCCUGUGAGACCUAAGAGCAACAAUGAAUGAGGUGAAAGAGUCCCUCCGCAGCAUCGAGCAGAAGUAUAAGCUCUUCCAGCAGCAACAGUUCACCUUCAUUGCGGCUCUGGAGCACUGCCGGGAGAAUGCCCACGACAAAAUCCGGCCCAUCUCCAGUAUCGAGCAGGUGCAGAGCUACAUGGAACACUACUGCAAUAACUCCACCGACCGGCGGAUUCUGCUCAUGUUCAUGGACAUCUGCUCCGAGCUCAGCAAGCUCUGUCAGCACUUUGAGGCCCUGCACUCCGGCACCCCUGUCACCAACAGCCUUCUGGAGAAAUGCAAAACCCUGGUCAGCCAAAGCAAUGACUUGAGCAGCCUCAGAGCAAAGUAUCCACACGAUGUGGUUAACCACCUCAGCUGCGAUGAGGCCAGGAACCACUAUGGAGGCGUGGUCAGCCUCAUCCCUAUAGUCCUGGACUUUAUGAAAGAGUGGAUUGCUCAUUCCGAGAAGCUGCCUCGCAAAGUGCUGCAGCAUGGGACGACUUAGCUUCUGUACUGUUGCUUCCUCGGGGGGAGACAUUCAAGAAUAAAGUGUUCUACCACUUCUC